AUGUUCAACUUCGUUAUAAUCUCGGCUUUAAUUUGUGGUUUGGCCAUUGCGGUCAAUGCCUGCAGCAUUACCUUACCCGAAGAUGUAAAGGGGUUUGCUCCAGUCCUUCUGACACGCAGCCCUUCCGACAGUGAUUAUGAACUAUUUAAACCCACUGGUAAAACAACUAAAUUACCCAAUGGCACUAAACUUUUAUUGGCUUGCACCGGAUCGAAAAAUGUGAUUGUCUCUGAAAAGAAAAGUACAUUGGAAUUGACCUGUUCGGGAAAAAAAUUUGUUGAUGGCAAUAACAAUGAAUAUGAUCUUAAGGAUUUGGUAUGUAAAUCCAUACCCAGUCCCACUUUGAGAGCAACCGAUAAGGCAUGUUCACAAAAUCGUGGUGUUAUCCAUCAACCUGGUUUUACGGUCAACAAGAAAUUCUAUGGUCCAGUAUUUGAGAUAUGCUACAAUGAUGAUGAUGAGCAUACCUGGUAUACACAUAAUACCAUUAAUGGUGCUACCAUUGAUAAUUCCAUUUCGGAAAGCACACGCCGUGCCUUCAGUGCCAAAGGCAUGAAAUAUUCAACCAAAAAAACAAAUGAAUACUACACCCAAGCCAAUCAAGUCGAAUUAUUCAAGAAAUUGUUCGGUUCGAAACAAACCUAUAUUGAUGGUUCGGAUUACUUUGCCCGCGGCCAUUUGACACCAGAUGCUGAUUUCAUUUUUGGCUAUGAACAAUUGGCCACAUAUUUCUAUACAAAUGUUGCACCCGAAUAUCAACUAAUCAAUGCUGGCAAUUGGUUACGUGUUGAAGAAUUGGCACGUUCCGUUGCUGCCUCGUAUGGAGAUGAUUUGGAGACAUAUAAUGGCUAUUUGGGUCAAUUGCAAUUGGCAAAGAACAACGGGCAAUUGGUUGAUAUUUUCUUGGAUGAUGGUAAAAAGAUUGAAGCACCAAAAUAUUAUUUCAAAGUGCUGUUGCACAAGCCCAGUGAUGAAGGUAUUGUCUUUGUAACCGUGAAUAAUCCAUUUGCCGCCGAUGGUGAAGCGGAGGAGAUUUGUGAAAAUGUCUGCGAUCAGGCCGAUUUGAAACAUGACAAUUUCCCAACAUUAUCGAAGGGUUAUACGUUCUGUUGCCGUUUGGAUGAAUUCAAAUUGCGUUAUGAUGGUCUACCCGAAGAUUUGGAGGCUGGCAAGUUGAUGACACGUAAAAAUUAA